GACCAGCAACUCCAGUCCCGUAAUGAUGUAUCGGGAUCUAACCCGGCGUCAUCCGCUGCCGGGGUGAGCGUCAUCGAUCCGCUACCCCCGUUACAACGAAGAGGAUUAAUUGCAGUUUCGACUCUCGCCUCUAUUUCAUUGGUUAUGACCUUUUUACUCCUUCUUUUUCUCACAGAUAGGUUCAUUUUUUGGCGCAGAUACUAUCGACGAUAUUUAGGUUACAACCAAUACGUCGUCCUCGUAUACAACCUGGCGCUCGCAGAUUUGUUAAUGUCCCUCGGGUUUCUCGUUAGUCUACGCUGGAUUGCCACCAACUCCAUUCAUGCAUCGGACGCAUUCUGCUUUAUUCAGGGAGCUUGGCUUCAGAUUGGGAAUCCGAUGAGCGGGAUGUUCGUGCUUGCCAUUGCCCUGUAUACCUUCCUGCAUGUUAUCAUGGGCUAUCAGCUUAGUCACCGGGUGUUUGUGAUUGCGGUCGUUAGUAUGUGGGUGUUUGGCGUGGUGAUUGUCAUCAUUCCAAUAGCGGCCGUUGGCCGUUAUGCCUGGUUCCCUGCAGUCGCAUGGUGUUGGAUAACAACGAAGCACACAGAGUUGCGACUCUGGACGCACUACUUCUGGAUUUUUGUCGCACAGUUCUUUGCGCUCCUGCUCUAUGGUAUCAUGUUCAUUCAGCUUCAGCGCCGAAUCGCCGAAUGUGUGAGCCUCGGAGGACGCAACACAGCCAGCCUUCGCCGCCUAAAGCAAGUCGUUGGCUACAUGGUGAUAUAUCCAGUCGUCUAUAUUUCCUUGACAUUACCUCUCGCUACUGGAAGAAUGGCGUCCGCGACUGGCCAUACUCCCAGCGUUACAUACUUCUGCAUUGCAGGGUCACUGAUGACGUUGUCGGGACUGUGCAAUACGCUCUUAUAUACCUUGAACAGGUGGGAUUUGGUUCUAAAUACAGAGGGGGACUCGGCAAACACCACUUCAUCCCAACGAUUACAUCUCACGGAGAGACAAAAUUCCCUUAUGGGUAACAUGUGUUCUCGGGUCAUACACAAGUUGUGGCCAGCGUCUAAAUACAGAGCGGCUUUGCGCCGCAGCAGCUAUACGAACGAAGACAUCCCAAGCAACCAGGUCGGCCGCCUGGAAGUGAGCCAAGUCAAUGGGGAGAGCACACUUGGCGUAAUAUGCGAGCCAGUGCAUCCAAUGGGCUCAAACGGGCUUUUGAAUAUUUAA